GUUGGUGUCCGUCGUUGUACUCUUGGUGGUUUUCUGUUUCAUGGUGUUUACCAGCGUGGCGUUGUUGAAAAUAUGGUGGCUUGCUCCCAAGAUGGGCACGUGCACAACGCCGGGAUGUAUAGAGCACGCAAAGGCGCUCAAGGACGCCAUGAACUCAUCGGUCAAGCCGUGCUCCGACUUCUACAGCUUCUCGUGCGGCUCGUGGAAGCCCGUCGGUCACCACCGUUCCGUCAUCGAAACGAUUUUUGCCCGCUCUUUCGACAUCGCGGUCCAGCAACUGGAGAGGAGUGCCAACGACUCCGACCUUCCUAUUGCGCAGCUGUACUUCCAAAGCUGCCUUGCCAAGCACUCCGACACUUCGUUAAAGGAGGAGGUACGCAAGUUCGCGCAGUUCAAGCGAGAUCUCGGCCUCUUCUGGCCCGAGGAAUGGCCCGAGAAUGACAGUCUGGCCGUGCCCCCUCUCAAGGUGCUGAUAAAUAUGAGCAUUAACUGGAACAUCAACCUGAUAUUCAAGGUACGGGCCAUGCCAGGGUACAAAGGUCGGCGCAAGGCACUCUUUAUCGAGCGAGGACUGUUGAAUCCCAAGUGGGGGAUUGAGACGGUCGAAGAAAUGAACCGGUCGGUCACAGAACACUGCGCGUACUUCGAAGCCCCUGCGCCUACGCUAGAUCAGUUAAAUGAGCUAAAAGAUGUGCACAAAGCUGUGGUCGGUGCAACCCUGAGCUUCACGCCAGACCCUAGAGAUGAGGAGAGGAUGGAGCUGAAAGAUAUUGACGAACGUACGAAGUCUAAGAAAGACAAGUGGCAGUUAUAUGUGAACGAGAUCUUCUUUCCCGAUUACAAAUGGGAACCCCAAGACGUCGUGUUGGUUCAGCACUCCAACAUACUCAGCAGCAUCGACGAUCUGCUGGAAAGUAUGGAGGACAAGCCGCUCCGGUUGGGCAUCGCUUGGGUGUUUAUCCGUAUGAACCUUUGGACGGUCACUGGAAACGCGCGUCUGCGUUACAAUGGCAGUGACACCGAGCUCGCGUUGAGAAGAAAGACUGCCUGCCUGGCUCAUGUGGCGCACACGUUCGGCCUGGUUGUCUCGACCCGUCACCUGCGCGCACGCUUUUCACAACAAGUACGCGACUACGUGGGUUACGUCUUCGAAAACGUGAAAUCCCAGUACCGAAAACACUCCGCCGACGCGACGUGGAUCGAUGAAUCAGUCAAGACAAAGCUGAGAGCCAAGAUGUCGGAAAACUUAGACCUCAACUCUUUGCCCGGCAGCGCAUUCUUCUCCAACUUUACCACCGGGACAUUGUACAAGGAUUUCCCAAAGGAGUCGGCUGGCUCGUUUUUCGACAACUUCGUCAACGUAGCCAAGGCCUUUCGCAAGAAGCUGGCCUCGGACGAAUUCGUCACCACCUUCUCCAAAGGGCUAGGCGACGGUCGCGUGGCCACAUCGUACAGCUACUACUACAACAGCGUCUACUUUGCCGUCGGGGCGCUCGAGCCGCCGCUCUUCCACGUCGAAGGCUCGUUCGCCAUCACGUACGGCUCGCUGGGCACGCUGCUGGCCACUUCCAUGGCUCGGGCGUUCGACGACCGAGGCAUCAUGUACGACAAAGGAGAGGAAUCCCCGUGGUGGAGCUCGGGCCGCGACGCCUACGAGGACCGCUUGAAGUGCGACCUCAAAGCCGGCACGUCUCGCUCCGGCGACGACGCCGCUCGCGCCAGCUCGCUGUGGUUGCCCGUGCUGGGCUUGAGGACCUCGUACGCGGCGUACCGUGCGGCCAUCAAGGCCGAGGGCUUAGUGGACGUCUUCCGACUCAAGGGUCUCGAGGCGUACAGCGACGAACAAGUGUUCUUCAUGACGUAUUGCCUCAUGACCUGCGCCGUGGGCAACAACGGCGACGAUUGCAAUGUGCCCGUGCGUCAGAUGCGCAAGUUCGCCCAGGCCUUCCAGUGCGCUGACGGGACGCCCAUGAACCCCAGCGAAAAGUGCGCUUUCUUCUAGCGAGCGCGCGCCGUUUACAUUUAUCUCUCUGUUUCUUAUUCUAAUCUGCCUUAAUAUUACUUGACUUCAGGGUGCGGGAUAUAAGUUUCACGUAUAUUUAGUGCGCGCCAGAGCACUCAGAUUUAAUAAACUUUUAUUGGACAUUAGCAGAUAAAGAUUCAAAGAUUCUGCUGAUUCUGCUGAAGGGUGACACAAGGUGCUUGGCGGUCUACGCUACUGUUAACAAAAGUAUCCGCCUGAAGCGAAGUUUACUCGGAGAUUGUCAGCUCCAUGCUCAUUUGUGUUUCAAGUACUCUUGAAGAAAGUUGUAAAAUAAGGCGAUGAAGCCGUUUAGUAGAGUACUUUUCACAGCGCAGUCGAGUUCUCGCUCAGGCAUGUCUCUCUCUCAUUUUAGUGUGUGCGUACGUGGAUUAGAAGUGCCCGAUUUCGUUCUCCUGUUACAAUUCGUGGUUUUGCGUUUGUCAGAAAAGACAGCACUAUUGCAUCUGAACUGCACUGCGUUAUGCUAAGUAGCAUAUUCAGUCUAGUCUCAUUGUAAUGUAUUGCUGCGCUUGUACUGUUUAGCUUUCAUUCGCCCUUUUGUUGCAACCCUUAUUUUAUGCUCCAUCAAGCGCGUUCUCACUAUUUUAGGAGUGUAUCGCUGAAACUCAACACAAGCCUUUUUCAAUGAAAGUUGCGAAAACGUUAAUUUGUGGGCUGUGAGCUGGUUUUCAUGAACGCAGCCCUUUUCUCUUCAGACUUGUACUCAUUAAAGAAAAUAAGUACCGAUUACUUCGUUCAAAAAUGUUAAAACAGACCGGCAGAAGUAUCUGCGCAUCGCUAAGAAAGGCAAUCAAUUAUAUAUUACGCCACCUUCAACUUUUUAAUACAUCCCUGCAGCUUUCCGACCUUGUUUGAAAGCCUGAAAUAAACGGAUACUUAAAAAAGAAAGUUCGCCGUAUGUCUGAAGC